AGUAGCACCACCGGCGGCUGCUGCACAAAGACAGAUAGAGGGACAGCUAGAUGAAUUCAAAUUAAAGGAGAAAUAAAUGCUAAGCUAAAAUUUACCUUAAAAUAUUUAAAAGUUUGAUAACUAAGUUGCUUUUUUUAAGUUUUAUUUUUCCCCUUGUGUGAAAAAAAGAGAAAAUGACGAGUCUGCUGUGCAUCACGAUAUUUGUGCUGACUGUGGCAAGCAAUGCAUACAGCCAGGCAACAUCUCCUCCCUUAACACCAAUAGUUAUGGUUUUUGCCGACCUAGGCUCCAAUGUCACCCUGCCUUGCCAGCUCUUGUCCAAGGACGAUGGUCACAUCGGUAUCCGAGUCAAAUGGUCCAAGGUGGCAGAUGACGAGUCCCUGAAUGAGGACGUGCUGCUUGCAAUGGGAUUGCACAGGAGGAGCUAUGGCAACUUUUACAAUCGCGUCUUUCUGCAGGAGCAAGACAAUGAAGAUGCUUCCUUAGUAAUAAAUGAUGUGUCCAUGGAUGACACAGGAAAAUACCGUUGUGAGAUCGUCAACGGGAUGGAAGACACAGUGCAAGAGUUCCUCUUGGAAAUUAAAGCUGCUGACCUUAAUGGUGUUGUGUUCCCAUACAACCCCCGUGUUGGCCGGUACAACAUGAACUUCCAGGAAGCUUUUCAAGCCUGUGAGGACCAAGAUGCUGCGAUCGCCACCUAUGAUCAGCUGUUUGAAGCCUGGAAGGAUGGUCUGGACUGGUGCAAUGCUGGAUGGUUGGCUGAUGGUUCAGUGAAGUAUCCAAUCAUCAAAUCCAGAGCUCCUUGUGGUGGGGCCAACAAUGAGCCUGGUGUCAGAAGCUAUGGCCUCCCUGACAAAAACUCUAGCCGCUUUGACGUGUUCUGCUAUGCUUCUGCACUCAAGGGACAUUUCUAUUGGCUGGUGCAGCCCGACAGGCUGACCUUUGCUGAGGCAAUGCAGGCAUGUGUCGAUGAUGGUGCAGAGAUCGCUAAGGUUGGCCACAUGUAUGCCGCCUGGAAGCUUGAGGGCUACGAUCGCUGCGAUGCUGGAUGGUUGGCUGACGGAAGUGUUCGCUACCCCAUCUCCAGGCCUCGUAAGAACUGCAGCCCAACAGAAGGUGCAGUGCGCUUCCUCGGUUUCCCAGACAAAAGAGUUAAGUCUUAUGGCGUCUACUGUUACAAAGAUAAGCAGUGAGAGGGUAGAUAGAAGUAACGAAAACCAUAACCACCAAAGAGCUGCAGCAACCACAUCCAAUAAUGUCAUCUAUAAAGCAUUAAAGCUUUGGAUUGUAACUAGCAUGAACUCAAUACCUUUCUGAAACUGUGAUAACCAUUUUUUGUAGCCAUUAAGUUUUGUUUUUCUGUAACUGUGCAUCCAUUAGCAAAAAUACUGUUGAGGAAAAGGCAAUGGUGCCAAUGUAUGAGUGACAUGACAGAGACAAGAACUUGAUGGUUGUUGCACUUCAUCUAAGUUUGUUUUGUCCUCCAUAGAAUGAUUAGAUAAGUGAAGUUGCAGAUUUAAAGAAUUUUUGCCCAUAAAGAGAUUUGCUGCUCUAGAACAGACUCAAGAACAUAAAGGGGCUCCCACUGUUGAGCUAUGGAUAUUUUAUUUUCACUAAUUCAAAUGUUGAAAGGUUUCCAACUUAAGUAGUUGUGACUCAAUUUACAGUUUAAUAAGAAAAUGAAUGUAAUUGUCUUAUUGGGUUGUGUUUUUCUGAAUAAUAGCUACCAUUAGUUCAAUCCCAAUACAUUAUGAAAGACAUUUAUACUUUUGUAACCUCAUGCAGUAGGGUUUUUUUUAACUUUUUUUUUGUACUUCUUUUUUUUUUUUAAAUCGUUUUACUCAUAGACAACGUCUCUUGUUUUUUUUAAUGUUAAUAUUGUUGUUGUUUUUUUUAAAUAACCAAUUCUGUGAUUUUAUUUUUCAAUGUUGUUCACGGUAGUUUUGAGAAAAGUAACAACAGGUGUAUUAAAAAAAACAGCUGCACAUCAGGAAGUUAGUACAUACAGUAUCUCCCUCUUUUGCCCUGAACACAGCCUUUCAUGAAAGUAUAUCUAUCUUUCCAGUGGCACUCUUCUUAUUCGUUAAAUGCCAGAGUAAAGCUAAUGAUCCAUUACACUUCUGAAUGAGGAUUCAUUAAUAUUCAUGGAUCUGAAUACUUUGGACCACUGUUGGCACUGUUGGACAUACAGAGCUGGUUAUUGAAACGUGUGUCUCAUCGAGAAGACAACACCCUUUCAAGUUAUCAGUUACAAUAAAAAAAUGUAACAUUUUACCUUUUUUUACUUUUCUUAAUCCUGGGCACUGACAAAAGUAUUUACUGAAGGUUACAUGUGGUAAUAUGAAGAUGCAUUGUUUGCAAAAACAAAACUUAAAAAUGUCUGUUUUAUUUGUGCAUUUGUACACACCUGUGUAUGAAAAAAUGGUAAAGGUAUUUUUGUAUCUUGCUGCCAUGUACCUUUUUCAACAAGCAGUUUGAAAUAAAAUAUACAACGCUCAAAUAAAUAUA